AUGUCCGUUAACUAACCACCUGUUAUGGCCUGGCUCUAGGACCACAACAAAUAGGGAAGCAAACGCGAGGAACUAACUACUAAUAACUCUGUGCCAGUUCGACUUUGUUCCCCGAGUAAAGCGUCCCACCCAUUUGUUAGUGUUCCUGUUUUUUUCCUGACCAAGUUUUUUGCCUCCUCCUCGUUGGCUUGGGUUGCCCUCAUCCGACUGCUCACCUGUGUACCGAACCUAUUUUUGCAAGUAAAUACUGUUUGAUUCCACCUGUCUUGCUCUGAGUCGUGCUGGACCAUUAAAGGGUUAAACUUCACUUAACAUUUGAAGACGGCGUCACUCAGACAGGUAUGGUUCCGGUCUGCUUAUUGAUCCUGAUGAUGAAGAUGAUGAUGAAGAGUGACGCUGCCUCUGCAGAGAUCAUCACAGCACACAGUGGGGAGGCCGUUCUGCUGAAAUCAGACCUGCCGGGGUUGAAGCCCAGACAGGACGUCAGGUGGACUCACUUCCACCUGGUGAUGUCACUGGAGAACAAAGUGACGACGUGUCACCACGGGCGCUGCGAGCUGCUGAGUGACGGCUCGCUGAGAUUCAGCCGAGUUCAGAUUGCAGACGCAGGAAACUACAGCCUGGAGAUGUUUGAUGAAAAUGGGAGACGACUGAUCAAGAGAGACUUCCUGCUCAGAGUGGAGGAUAACAGCAGCAGCAGCAGCAGCAGCGGCAGUAUGGUGGUGUCUACGCUGGUCUGCUGCUUCCUAGUCUUCCUCCUGCUGCUCUUCAUCACCACUUUCAUCCUCAAGAGGAGGAGGAGUAGCCAGAGGAUCAGCACCACAGGUCAGGUGGAGGAAAAUGUUUAUGUGGCGAUGCACAGUCACCAUGGCAACCAGAGGAAAGAUGAGGAGAAGCAGGAGUCUCAUUACGUUCCCUGUUAUCCUGUUGCCAGGGAAACACCAAUCACAGAGCAGAUGGCUGUGGCUGUAGAAGACAUCUACGUGUGACAACCAAUCAGAGCUCACCUUGUUUUCUGUGUGCUGUGACUUACCUGGACACCACUCACCUUUAGUUUGCAAUCCACUGUCUUCUACCUGUUGUUCACUUUUCUAUUAUUAGUUUUUCAUAAAAAAUUAAGUAAACUUGGAUGUCGACCUUUUAGAUGAUUCUGUUUUUAUACAAUACAAGAACAACGAUGAGAUCAAAAUCUUUCUUCUUUGCUUCUGAACUCUGAAAGAGUAAGCUGAUAUUUUAAAGCACAUAAAACAGAUCUUUUCAGAUUCACUACUGUACGGACAUUUAAAAUGUGUUUAAUGUUUCUUUUCCUUUAAUAUCAAGUAGUUUAUGUUGUUUGUUUUGGUACAUAUUAAUAAUGUAAAACAUCUUGAGCUGUAAAAUAAAUGUUGUUUAUUAUAAUAA